CAUUUUCUGUUAGAACAAGUUUGAAAACGCAUUUGAGGAUACACACUAAUGAAAAACCAUAUUCUUGUGAGUUUUGUAAAAAGACAUUUUCUCAGGCUGCACAUAUGAAAACACAUUUGAGGAUACACACUAAUGAAAAACCAUAUUCUUGUGAGUUUUGUAAAAAGACAUUUUCUCAGGCUUCACAUAUGAAAACACAUUUGAGGAUACACACUAAUGAAAAACCAUAUUCUUGUGAGUUUUGUAAAAAGACAUUUUCUCAGGCUUCACAUAUGAAAACACAUUUGAGGAUACACACUAAUGAAAGACCAUAUUCUUGUGGUCAGUGUUAUAAGAAAUUCUCUCAGAGUUCAAGUUUAAAAGCACAUUUGAGGAUACACACUAAUGAAAAACCACAUUCUUGUGAGUUUUGUAAAAAGGCAUUUUCUGAGAGUUCGUCUUUGAAAAAGCAUUUGAGGAUACAUACUAACGAAAAACCAUAUUCUUGUGAGUAUUGUGAAAAGACAUUUUCUGAUAGUUCUUCUUUCAAAAAGCAUUUGAGGAUACACACUAAUGAAAAACCAUAUUCUUGUGAGUACUGUAAAAAGACAUUUUCUGUUAGUUCGAGUUUUAAAAGACAUUUGAGGAUACACACUAAUGAAAAACCAUAUGCUUGUGAGUACUGUAAAAAGACAUUUUCUGUUAGUUCGAGUUUUAAAACUCAUUUGAGGAUACACACUAAUGAAAAGCCAUAUUCUUGUGAGUACUGUAAAAAGACAUUUUCUGAUAAUUCUACUUUGAGAAAGCAUUUAAGGAUACACACUAAUGAAAAACCAUAUUCUUGUGAGUAUUGUAAAACAACAUUUGCGCAUAGUUCAAGUUUAAAAACACAUUUGAGGAUACACACUAAUGAAAAGCCUUAUUCUUGUGAGUAUUGUAAAAAGGCAUUUUCUCAGAUCGGAAAUUUGAAAACACAUUUGAAGAUGCACACGAAUGAAAAACCAUAUUCUUGUGAUCAGGGUUACUAGACAUUUUCUCUGAGUUAAAGUUUAAAAACACAUUUGACGAUACAUACUAAAGAAAAACCACAUUCUUGUCAUCAUUGCGAUGCAUGGGCAGUAAAAUAUCGUGAUAGUGUUCUAAUGCACUGUGAUGUUUCGGUAGACUUUCUGUUCGCUAAAUCAGGCGUG